UAUAUAUAAUAUAUAUCACCAUCACAACACGAAGAUGAAGACCUGACAAGGUAAUAUAACAGGGGGAGAGGACAAGCAAGCAAGAGGGGAAGCCGCACUCGGGGCCAGUGGGUUGUGGAUGAGGAGUGCUCUCCACUUAUCUCCUCUUCCUCAUCAUAUCCUCUCCUCUUCCCUCUCUCUCUCCGAGCUCUGCAAGACAGAGAAACAAUGGCCAGCUGGGUCCUCUCAGAAUGCAGCCUAAAGCCCAGAAUCCACCCUCAGCCCCACAGAACAACUCUUCCGUUGACUCCAUCCUCUGUCAGUCUUAAACACAGCCUCUCCUCCCCAUUGAGGAUGAGGACAAGCUGGGCGCUCAAUGUGAGCGCACCGCUCCACUCCCCGCCGAUGGAGCUCGCAGGAGGAGGCGGCGAGGGGGAGGGUGAGUUCUUCGACCCGGGUGCACCGCCUCCCUUCAAGCUGUCCGACAUCCGGGACGCGAUCCCCAAGCACUGCUGGGUGAAGGACCCGUGGAGGUCGACGUUGUACGUGGUGAGGGACGUAGCCGUCGUGUUUGGGAUGGCGGCGGCUGCGGCUUAUCUCAACAACUGGGCAGUAUGGCCUCUAUACUGGUUUGCUCAGGGGACCAUGUUCUGGGCCCUGUUUGUUCUUGGCCAUGACUGUGGGCACGGGAGCUUCUCCAAUAACCCAAAGCUGAACAGCUUCGUCGGGCAUCUCCUGCAUUCUUCGAUCCUCGUCCCCUACCACGGCUGGAGAAUUAGCCACAGGACUCACCACCAGAAUCAUGGGCACGUCGAAAACGACGAAUCUUGGCAUCCUCUGCCAGAGAAGCUAUACAAGAGCUUGGAUACCGCAACUCGGCUGCUGAGAUUCACGCUGCCCUUCCCCAUGUUCGCCUACCCCAUCUAUCUGUGGGGUCGGAGCCCGGGGAAGAAAGGUUCACAUUUCGACCCGAACAGCGACCUCUUUGGACGGAACGAGAGGAAAGAUAUCAUAACGUCCACAGCCUGCUGGGCGGCUAUGGUGGCUCUUCUUGGAUACCUCUCCUUUGUCAUGGGCCCCAUUCAGCUGCUUAAGCUCUAUGGGGUUCCCUAUUGGUUAUUCGUGGCAUGGUUGGAUGUGGUAACUUAUCUGCACCACCACGGGCAUGAUGAUAAGCUGCCUUGGUACCGUGGUCAGGAGUGGAGCUACCUAAGAGGAGGCCUCACAACGCUUGAUAGAGACUACGGAUGGAUCAACAACAUCCACCAUGACAUUGGGACCCACGUGAUUCACCAUCUCUUCCCUCAAAUCCCUCACUACCACUUGAUCGAGGCUACAGAAGCAGCUAAGCCGGUGCUCGGGAAGUACUACAAGGAGCCGAAGAAAUCAGGACCUCUCCCAUUUCACCUGCUUGGAGUCCUACUAAAGAGCAUGAAGGAAGAUCAUUAUGUGAGCGAUUCUGGGGAUGUCGUCUAUUACCAAAGGGAUCCUCAGCUUUUUGGGUCUGAGAGCUCAAAAUGAAGUCCGAUGCCAGGGAGAACUAAGCAUUCUCUUCAACCAAUCAUUGACUGAUAUUGAAACCCUGGAGAACCCAUUUUCUCCUUCCCAAUUCAUUUUCUCUCCUUCCAGCAAUGGAGAAGCGGUGCAAAACCGAAAAAUUCAUAACCCUCUUUGUCAUCGAGAUAAUAUAUAGCUGUAUGAUUCCACUGCUAAGAGUACGAAAAGUUCUAUUGAAGAAUAUAACAUAUAGGCAAUAUUUCUAAGAAAA